AUGACAGACAGUGUAGUAGAAAUAUUACUAAAUGAACUUUCUCGAAUAAUAAAAGAAGAGGUGAAUUUGCAGAAAGGAGUUAAAGAUGAAAUUAAGAAACUUUCAGAUGAACUUGCAACCAUGAAAAUUUUCUUAAGAUUUGCAGAGGUCCAAAAAGAGAACGACCCAAUGCUAAAGAUAUGGGUAGAGCAAGUGAGAAAUGUUGCUUUUGAGAUAGAAGAUGUUGUGGAUGACUACGUGCUUCGGAUUGCUUCUGAAGAUGAUGAAGCAGGUGGUGCAUGUACCACAUGUUUCGGAAGCAUUUGUUCUGCUUUCAGAAAGUGGAAAGCGAGGCACGAAAUCGGUUCUGAGCUACAAAGGAUCAGAGGCAGAGUGAAUGAAACAGCAGAUCGUCCAAAAAGGUAUGGCUAUGAUCCUUCACUCUACAAGAAUGGUUCGAGUUCAAGCACUUCGGAGGUGGAUCAGUUUCGAAGGGAUGUUCCAGCUUUGGUUGAUGAAAGGCAAUUGGUUGGCAUUGACGCAGCAAAGGAGGAGGUGGAGAAAUUUCUCAACGAUGGUGACCCAAAUCUCAGAGUUGUCUCCAUUUUUGGCAUGGGAGGGUUGGGUAAAACAACCUUAGCCAGACAAAUCUGUCGUGACAUGUCGUCCCAUUUCGAACGAUGUGUGUUUGGCAUUGUUUCCCAAACCCUGAUGGAAGAUGAGUUUUUCAAAGAUAUAACUGAGCAGUUGUUCUCCAGAGAUGGAGAAAUGUUGGAAAUGAAACAAUUGUUGCAACUCCCAUUGCAUCAGUUGAAAGUAAGACUGAGGGAAAGGCUCGAGAAUGAAAGGUACUUGAUUGUGGUUGAUGACGUGUGGAAAACCAAACACUGGGAUCAGAUUAAACUGUCAUUCCCCAGAAACAACCAUGGGAGCAGAGUCAUUGUUACUACCCGCAUGGAAAACGUGGCAAACCACUCUUGCGCGGAGUACGGUGGUUAUGUCUAUUGGCUACAACCUUUGACUGACCAUGAUUCUUGGGAUCUGUUCUGUAAGAGAACAUUCCCAACACAACAUUGCCCUUCCCAUUUGGAACCCAUUUGCAAAGACAUUGUUUCUAACAAGUGCAAGGGAGUUCCUAUUGCUAUAUUGGCAAUUAGUGGCCUUUUAAGUACCAAAAAGGUGGGUGACGUUGACGCUUGGAAGAACGUCCAAGAGAGUCUUGACAUUGAGUUGAAGGAAAAUCCUGAACUAGAAAUGACCAAAAAGAUACUCUCUUUGAGCUUUGAUGAUUUGCCUUAUCACCUCAAACCCUGUUUUAUGUACCUGUGUAUUUUCCCAGAAGACUCUUCCAUAAAGUGGACGAAAGUGAUUCGGUUGUGGAUAGCAGAAGGUUUUGUGGCAAAGAGAGGUAGAAGAACGGUGGAGGAAGAUGCUGCCAGCUAUUUGUGUGAGCUUGUUAACAGAAGUUUGAUACAAAUAGUUAUAGAAAGAGAGGAUGGAAGUGGAAGAGUAAACUUGUUUCGCAUCCAUGACUUUCUACGAGAAAUUGUUCUCUCAAAGUCAAAAGAAGAGAGAUUUGUUCACAUGGCAGAUGCGAUGGAAGUUGGAGCAAGGCGAUUAUGUAUCCAUGCAAAUGCGAUAAAGAGAGGUACUGACAUCAACUUACUUUUGGCAUUGCCUCAGCGACUUCGUUCUCUGUUAAUGUUCUUUAAUAUCCCUGGUGAUGAGGCUGAGAAAAAUGCAAAUGAUACUUUCUUAUUGCGUGAUAUUGGCUUUAAGUUUAAUAAGCUGCUUAGUGUGUUAGAUUUGGAAAGAGCUCCCUUAGAUGCAUUUCCUGAAGAAAUUUGCACCUUGCUCCUCCUACGGUAUUUGUGUUUGAGAAAUACUAAACUCUCAAAGCUUCCAAAGUCUAUUGGGAAUCUGCAAAGGCUAGAAACGUUGGACCUGAGGUACACCUUAAUUGUUGAAUUACCUGAGGAGAUAUCAAUGCUUCAUAAAAAGCUUCGCCAUCUUUUGAUUUCUCGUUGCCAUCAAACCGACAAAAUUCAUAGGAGAUGGGGGGAGGUUGAGAAGGAAAUAGUAUAUUUGUACAGGGAAGAAAAUGGGGGAGAUUAUAUUUCAUCAUAUGAUAAAAAAUCAUGUGGUGUGAAGGUAACAUGCGAAAUUGGAAAGUUUGAUUCAUUACAAAAUGUGUGCUUCCUUGAGGUACCAGAAAAGAGGGAGUGGAUGAAGGAUCUGGGGAGGUUGACCCAAUUGAGAAAGUUGGGUUUAGUUAAAUUGAGAGAGGAACAGUGGAGCGAAGUGUGUUCAUGCAUUUCUAGAUUAAUAAAUUUGCGCUCUCUAAUGCUUCAAACAGAUUACGAGUUUGAGUUGGAAGAUGUGUGUCCACCUCCACACCUUCAAAACUUACAUUUGAACGGAAAUCUAUUCGAGUUACCAAGUUGGGUGUGUGCUGCUUCUCUACAAAACUUGCUUGUAUUAAAGUUGAUGAAUACGAUACUAUUAAAGGAUCCUGGGCCGGCUCUCAUGGGCUUGCCCAAUUUGAGGAGGCUCGAGCUUUACGAGGCUUUUGGUUAUGGCAUCAAGAUGCGGGUAGUGCUGCCUGGUAAUCCUUUUCCAAGCCUUACCACAUUGAGACGAUAUCAGGAUAACGUAUCUCAAACGAUAACCUUUGGGGCGCGGGAAAAAGAAGAAACAUGGGAAUGGGUUGCCGAGUGGCCAAGUGCUGAACAACAACAUUACUCUGGUGUUUCAAUUGGCCUAGAUAGACGCAUUCUCCUCAAGCCCAACUAA